AAGUUAUUUACAUAUACAUACGUAUUACAGGAAUGGGGGAUCCCAGUGAACCACAUGAAAUUUCCAAGCCCAAGGUUCUCUGCGUUGGACAUUCGUGUACGACAGCGUUAAGCAAAUUUGGACAAACAUGCUAAUUAAACUGUGAAUUAUUUAAACUAGCCGCACACAUAUAAUAUUGGAAGCCCGAUCUACCAGAAAUCAUUUCUGAAGCAAAAUCAAUCGCGUUUGGUAUUCGUAGUCGAUCAGUUAAAAUGAGGCCGAUAUUCGCCUCCACACUGACAGUCGUCCUUCUCGGUGUUCUACUGUCUCCAGCCGAACAAAAAUCCAAACGCUUUAUCGGAGGAGGGGGCUUCGGAGGAGGGUUCGGGGGCAUCGGUAUCCCGGUAGCUCAUUACCAUCAUCCUUACUACCCCAGACCGUACUACCCAAGGCCGUACUACCCACCCCCUCCACCACCGCUGCCGUAUUAUGGGGGGUACGGGAGACCUAAAGUCAUAGGAGGUGGGGUUGCUGGGUUUGCUGUCGGAGGAGUCGUCGGGGGAGCGGGAGGCUUUGGACGAUGAGAGGAAAUGAAUAGUUACCGGCUUUUCAAUUUGAUAGGAGGCGGCUCUGCUGGUAAACGCUCUGUAUCUUUGCCAAAUAUUGCUGUGAUUAAACUCUGUCAACCGCGACCAGUAGAAUCAUUUAAAAUCAUAACCUCUACCACUACAAGACAAGCGGAGGAACAGAUUCCUCCCCUUAACUCCCUUGAAUUCCAGCCUAAGUCUGUCAACCGCGACCAGUAG